AUGAGAGCCAAUUUAUUCCCGUGUAGAAUCAAUUGACAAAUAGUUCUGUGUGCAUUUGCUAUAUUAAAGUGUAUACACGUUGGCACUGCGUGUAGUCAGAAUGACGUCCUGGAUUAAUUGUUUUUACGUUGCACUCUGUUUAAUAUACUUUGGAACCUUCACUUUCGCGAUAUACGAUCCGAAGGAAACGACAACAAAAGCGCCUAAUCAUCGGGAAUCAUUCUUGCCUUGGUAUCUCAACGAAAAGGAUUUACAACCUCCCGAUGAUUUAGCUCGAUCUGCAAAGUGGUGGACCAAUGCGGAAGAGAAUGAACCAAGAAAGCCUGUCAUCGUUAAUUCGGAUAGCAAAUCUUGGACACCGUGGCGUAAAACUUCUGGUAGUGAGAUCGAGUUAAGAACAGAGAUAACGGAUGAUCAGAUUUCCGAACAGCAUCACGAUCAUGAUCAAAUCGACGAUCAUCUGGAUGAUCAUCUGGACGAGCAUCCUCCAGAAGGUCAAUACGGAUAUGGUUCUACUUCUAAAGAUAACAAUGUUUAUCAAGAUAGCAAUAAUCCCGUAAUUUCUGGAAGUAAAUUAAAGCACAAAUUAUCUGAGGAUAGUGAUUCAGCUUUGCUAUACGAAGGGAUUGGAAGCGAGAGCACGAAACCAAGACAGGAAAGAAUUUUAUUUUGGACUAAUCCCAUAUCGACGGUAGCGCAUUAUGAUUCUCAAUCGGGAGUACAAUGUCCAAAUUUAGAUUCUACCGGUCAGUUCAUUUAUCCUCCCGAUUGUAAAUUUUUUGUUAACUGUUGGAAAGGCAGAGCGUUCGUUCAGCCCUGCGCUCCAGGUACUUUAUUUAAUCCUUUAACAUUGGAAUGUGAUUUUCCAUACAAAGUUACAUGUUAUGGUUCAGAGAUUUCUGAGCCUAUACGUUACUCAAAAGCAUACAAUCUGGAAAUCGAUGAGGAACGAGAGGAAUCACACAAACCAAAAUGUCCACCUCACGUGGCAGGUCUAAUCCCACAUCCUACAGAUUGUACCAAGUUUUUAUCUUGUGCCAACGGAAUGACGUUCGAGAUGGAUUGUGGUCCUGGUACGGUUUUCAAUCCUGCCCUUAGCGUCUGUGAUUGGCCUUACCAUGUAAAAGGCUGCGAAGAUACAUUUAAAUCAAAAGAGGAUACAACGAAGAUUAUUGAAACACCACCGGACCCAAGUUUUCAUAAUCAUAAUGUUCAUUAUGGUUCGAAUAAUAAUUUUGCCGAUCGAUUGGAACACAACGUCCAGUCAGCCGAAAAAAAGAUCGAGUGUCCUGAAGAUUUUACAGGUCUAUUACCACAUCCAGAAAAUUGUAGAAAAUUUUUGCAGUGUGCGAAUGGUAUUACGUAUGUGAUGGAUUGUGGGCCAGGAACAGCUUUUAAUCCUCUCAUAUCGGUGUGUGAUUGGCCAUAUAAGGUACCAGCUUGUAAAGAAGAGAAUAAAUUAAAACAAGUUACGACAACGAGCAGACCUUGGCUGCCAUACGGCCGAGGAGAUCUAGAGUCAUCGCACGAACAUCCUCGAUAUAAUCAUACUUAUAAUCGAUAUAAUAAUCAUGGCCAAGGCUCUAGGAAUAAUCAAGUUCAGCCUGCAACUACGACUGAAUUGCCAAGGACAGUGUGGAGGCCUACUUGGAGACCGAUGAUUCAGAAACCAAAGAACAAUCUACAAAAUCAAUCUAAUUCCAUGGGAUCCAAUAACAACUAUGGAAAUUAUCAGAAUCAUAAUCAUCAUCACGAUCAUGGAUAUCAUCACGAUCAUGAAUAUCAUCACGAUCAUGGUCAUUAUCACGAUCAUGGUCAUCAUCAUAACAAUCAUUCAGGAUCAGGACAACCUAUGUCCGAUGUAAAUUGUAAUAUUACGAAUCACAUGACACAUUCUCCAAACCCUUACGAUUCACGUGAUGUAUAUCAUCAUUAUCAUUAUCAUUACCAUCAUUAUCUUCCAAAGAUCAAUGAUACUCAAUAUCCUGGUAAUAGAAGAAUAUCUGAAUCUAAUGGACAUCAGCAAGGUUCUUCAACUGUACAUAAUACUGAAGAAACAUGGAAUUAUGCAAACUAUCCUACUAUAAAUAUCGAUAACUUUAACAGGCAGCAAACUAAUAAUCAAUCAGGAGAAUCAAUUCGGCGUUUUGGCUCUUAUGUACCAACUGGGAACAGAUUUAAUAGUACAGUUCAAUUGCAUAGGAUGAAUAAUAGCAGAAACAAUCCUGAAUUUGUUAAUAGACAAAUAAAUGAAUCUAUAAGUUCGAAUAAAAACAUUUAUGUUAAUAACGAUUACGAUUCACACGAUGAAGUGGAAUCUCGAGAUAGAACGAACAGAAAUUUGAGUGUACAAUUUGGAACAGAUUUUUCAAGACCGAAUCAAAAUAAUAUUACAUGGAGUCGUCCAACUGUAUUCGAAAAUAAAUCAGAAAACUCUAAUCAACCAUCGUCUCGGCCAUGGAAUCAAGAUACGAUCGAUGAAGAAGAAAAAUUACGCGAAUGGCUCGCGAGAGCUAAUAUCCAACAACAAACCAUAAACGACAGGGAAGCUGAUUCCAAAAUGGAUAAAUGGUUAAGUAAAACCAAUGUUUUUUUACAAGCAAAAGGACAAGUAUCGGCAGGAAAUAGAAAUUCAACACAGAUUUCGAAAAAACCAUUCUAUCCAUACGGAAUAUACGUUAACAGUAAUGGGACAAGAGGCCAUUUUAUCACAAAAGAGUUGGAAAUUAAUCAAGGACACUCGAAGACUAAAACUUAUAAUCAUAACAAUCGACAUACACCUUUCUCUUUUAAUCGAACUUAUGGCAGCAUAUACACGCGUACACCUUUACAUAAUCAAGAAACUACUACGAGUCCUAUCAUUCCAAGUAAUCAUUAUCCUAUACGGUAUACUCCGAAUCCUGUAAAUAUUCCUCAACCAUCCGACGGUAAUUUUAUUAAUCGUCAUUUCAAUCAGUCAACAUCGACGGAUUUAAAAGGCGCGGCAAAUGAUUAUUCUAUCGGAAAAGAUUUUCAUCCUGUUCAUGGUACAAUUAAUCGAUCGGCGGUUAUAUUAUCGCAACAUGAUCCUCGUCGUACGAUCAAUCGUUCAAUUAAACAGUUCGAUUCUAAUCCAUUAACUUCUGAGAAUGUUGGAACGGAAAAGAUACCGGAUGUAUAUUUAAAGCCUUCCAAGAAUAUAAGCGUUCCUGUUUCGCAAGAUUCUUCAGAAAAUCAAAGUAGUACUACUGAUUCUAGUAUUCCUAGUAUAUCGAUCGAAGAUAAUACCACUGGUCCACAAUUAACCGAUAUAGAAUUGACAAUUGAAAAUGAAACUCCUACAUCGAUUUUUAACGAAGUCAUUCCCGAAAUUGAUUUAGAUUCAUACGACGUAGAUGUUUUAGAAGAUAAAGGAGAUUGGAAGCCAGUAUUGGUUUUUGAAAAUAAGACCAAAACCGCGAGCAAAAAUGAUUCUUCCGUUAUCAUGAAAAUCAAUAAAAAGAAUACGGAUGUGGAUAUUUUUAAUGUAGAAGUAGCGCCAUAUCAAAAUGAGGAACCACCAUUCCCUGUGUAUUAUAUCCCACCGGUUCAAUCAUUGUCACAUUCGAAAAAGGUUUCACCUCCUACGCCGAUUUCAGGCCAGAUUAUACGACUUAGAGAUGGGCCUAGUUCCUCAGAUGGCUACGUUGAAGUUCAAGGAGCACAACCAGGUUGGGGUAUUGUUUGCGAUUCUAGAAAUAGUUGGUCGCUCAAAGAAGCCGAUGUAGUUUGUAGACAAUUAGGAUAUUCUAGGGGCGCCGAAAUGGCUUGGCAAGGAAGAAGCAAACGUAAUGGAAUGCCAACUUGGAUAGCAGCGAAUUCCGUAACUUGUUCCGGCAAUGAAAUCAGAUUUCAGUCUUGCAAAUUUACUCAUGAACAAGAAUGUCGGGUGGAAAGAGAUGCAAUAGGUGUCAGAUGUUUGCCAAAUCGAAUAGUACAUUGUCGUAAGGAUGAAAUUCCACACGAUGGUCAAUGUUAUCAUUUGGCCGAUUCGGAGAACGGACUAAAUCAUGCAGAAGCACUUCAGUAUUGUUCCAAAAGGAAUAGUCGGCUUAUUGAUAUCGUAAGUCAAGCAGAGAACGACUUUAUAUCAGAAUGGUUGUCGCAAUCGCAUCCAGAAAUCGGAUCGAUUAUGACUUCUGGAGUUGGUUUCACCACGUUCAACAGGACCCUGUGGCUUUGGGAAGAUUCGAGUCGUUCUAAAUUUAAAUUCACGAAAUGGUGGCCAGGAUGGACGGAAGAUAAGAAAUUGCCACCUUGGGUGGGUUCACGUCCAGCUUGCAUUAUUAUGAAACGAAAGUUUCCUUGUCACAAUCGUCCUGAUUCGAUUUGCGUUGCGGAUUAUUUCUUUUGGGAUAUCGAAGAUUGUGCUACAUCUAUGAAGGGGCAUGCCUAUAUCUGCAAAAGACCAUACGAUGAUAUUGGUUGCAUAUAUGGUAAAGGCAAUCAAUAUUUUGGAACUGCAAAUGUAACCGAAUCCGGAAAAGAGUGUCUUUCCUGGUCCGAUAAUAGAGUUCUUCAUUAUCUUAAUUUGGCCGUAACUAAUCGCGAUGUCAAAAAAAAAUUGCAACCCCACAACUAUUGUAGAAAUCCAAAUCCGAAUGUGGAAACCAUGCCAUGGUGUUAUACAGGCCCUUUCGGAGAACGAGAUUAUUGUGAUCUUCCACUUUGUGGAAAAAUUGAAUCGAAGAAAAUGCAUUUCAAUGGCAAAUGCAAACCGAAACAUUUCGAAUGUUUACCCGGGGAAUGCAUUCCGUCACCGUGGGUUUGCGAUGGAGAAGAGGAUUGUACAAACGGUGCAGACGAGCGAGCAUGCAUAGAUCAUUUGCAUCUUUAUCAGAAAUUUGCAAAGCACAGGCUUGAAGGAUACGAUGUCGAAAAGUGGUUGAACACGCCUUUAAAAACAUGUGCUCUAAGAUGCAAGGAAGCUGAUUUCACUUGUCGAUCAUUCGCUCAUAAAGCAAGCGGUAACAUUUGUUUGCUGAGUGAUAGCAAUAUCGGUUUAACAGGAGCUUUAAAGUCGAUCAAGGAUUUUGAUUACUAUGAAAUGAAAGAAAGAAGUAUUAAAUGUGAGGACAUGUUUGUCUGUGAAAAUCGAAAAUGCAUUAAUCACACGUUAGUGUGCAAUGGAAAAAAUGAUUGCAACGAUCGUACCGACGAGAAUAUCUGCACCGUAGAAAAUCUCGAUUAUGCAAUUCGGCUUGCCGGCUCGGAUAAUUUAGACGAGGGUAGAGUCGAAGUUAAAAUUUUGGGUGUAUGGGGUCAAGUUUGUGAUGAUGGUUUUGGUAUGAUCAAUGCUGAUGUUAUUUGUAAAGAACUUGGUUUUCCAUUGGGUGCUUUGGAAAUUAAACCCGGAGGAUAUUACGGUAAUUUAGAUCCACCAACUCGAUUCAUGGUUGAUCAAUUGAAAUGUCGUGGCAAUGAAACGUCUUUACGCCAUUGUGAUUUCGAAGGCUGGGGCGUUCAUAAUUGUCAACCGGAAGAGGCUGUAGGUGUAGUUUGCAAAACAGCGGUUGACACGUGUCAAGAUGGCCAUUGGAAGUGCGAAAACAGUCCGGAAUGUAUACCCAUAGCGUUUAUUUGCGACGUUGUUCCAGAUUGUUCAGACAAAUCCGAUGAAAGUGACGAACGUUGUAACGCUCCAUUCGAUAUUCGUCUGGUAAAUGGUACUAGCCCGUUGGAAGGGAGAGUAGAAAUUUAUCAUCACGGUAUAUGGGGUACAGUUUGUGACGAUGAUUUCUCGGCUGCCACAGCUAGAGUCAUUUGUAGAUCUUUGGGAUAUAAUGGGGUUGCGAAACCAAAGAAAAACGGUUUCUUCGGUCCUGGACAGGGACCCAUUUGGCUUGAUGAAGUUUUUUGUCAUGGAAAUGAGACACAAUUGUAUCGUUGCAACCAUGAUCAAUGGGGACGGAAUAAUUGCGAUCACAACGAGGAUGCAGGUGUAAUCUGUUCAUAUGGAAACGCGAACGAUGACUCCGAGUAUAUCUGGGAUACGAUGACUGAUUUACCUGAAACAAGAAUCAAUGAUGUUCUACCAGCAAAUUGUGGAAAACGUUCGGAAGAUUUCAACGAUGACGAAGAUCUAAUAUUUGCUAAAGUGGUGCACGGUUCUAUUGCACCUAAAGGCACAUAUCCGUGGCAGGCGAGUAUACGAGUUAGGGGACAUAGUAGAUCGAAUCAUUGGUGCGGAGCAGUUGUUUUGUCGCCUCUGCAUGUUCUCACGGCUGCACACUGUUUAGAAGGUUACAACAAAGGAACGUAUUUUGUUCGUGCUGGUGAUUAUAACACCGAAGAACAGGAAGGGACAGAGAGGGAAGCAAAUAUUGAAGAUUACUACAUUCACGAAGAUUUUCGUAAGGGUCAUAGAAUGAAUAACGAUAUUGCUUUAAUUUUGCUCAAAGGACAAGGUAUACCUUUAGGCAAAGAUAUCAUGCCGAUUUGCUUGCCACCGGAAAAUACGGAAUAUCCUGCAGGAUUUAAUUGUACAAUCAGUGGAUUUGGUAGUAUUGAAACUGGAAGAACUACACCUUCCAGAAAUCUUAGGUACGGGUGGAUACCAUUGUUAGACCAAUCGGUAUGUCGUGCUGAGCACGUUUAUGGUCCUGGAAAAAUCAGCGAUGGGAUGGUGUGCGCUGGACAUUUGAAUGAAGGGGUGGACACUUGCGAUGGUGAUUCUGGUGGUCCAUUGGCGUGCUAUCAUAAUGGUGCAUUUACCUUGUACGGAAUCACAAGUUGGGGUCAACAUUGUGGAAAAGCCAACAAACCCGGUGUUUACGUUCGAGUUGCACAUUAUCGACGUUGGAUCGAUCAAAAGAUCAUGGAUUCACUGUCGGGAAGAUAAAUCUAUGUCAAAUAAAUUUAUUUCGAUGAACGAGGUCUAAUUUUCGUUGAUUAAUUUCUUUAUUUGUUUGCUCGUUUGAAGAGAGGGGAGGAAACAUUUUAAUUGAAUUUCUUUAUCGAUUUGCAAUUUAUUUCGUAAGACAUCAUCGUUUCUACAAUAAUUUUAAUUGCUGUUUCACCGCUGUUACAUGAUUGAGCCUAUGUAUGUACAAAUAGUCCCAACGCAUUUCUUUAUUUUUCUUUUUUUGACAUCGUCGAAAGUAAAAAAGAGGAGAACUCGUAUUUGUACAAUCAAACGAAAUUGACAUCUUCGUGAAACGAUGUACAAAGUAUUCAAACAACGUUCGUAUUUUUGUUGCUGCUACAACGUACAAUAGAUUAUUGAAUUUCGAUCCAUUUUGGCGUCAGCUUGGAUCAACAAAUUAUAUUCGAUUUCAAUAUAUAAUAUUCUGGCAAAAAAAAAAUGCAUUCUGUGGAUGGGGGUAUAAUAUUGUUAUUAAUAACAAUUUUGUAUGGAAUAUGUGUUUUGGAUUUUGACGAUAAUACAAAAAACGAUCUUUCAACGCGUUUACAUUAUCAAUUAUUUCGAUCAAUUCUUUCGCGAUCGAAAAUAAUAAACUUUAAUGAAUAAUUUCAAUCACGAUAGAAAUUUGUAUAAGUAUAUGCGCUGAAACGAUUCAACGAAGAUUCGCGUGAAAAGUUAAUUGAAUGAUGGAAGGGUGAUGGGGGGGGGUGUUCGAGUUUCUUUCUUUUUUUUUUCCAUUUUUCCUUUCUUUCUCUCUCUCUCUCUUUCUCUUUCUCUUUUACAUACACGCACACGCACACGCACACACAUAUAUACUUAUUCUUUAUUCCUCUUGGCCUAUCAACGAUCACAUUGAUCAUAUAUCCAAAGAGUUUAUAUCGCGCGAAAAUAUUAAAUUAAAAAGAAAAAAAAAAA